CACGUUUGUUCUCUCCUAUCCUCGUCUGCCCCGUCGACUGGCAUUUACGCGUAGAAUUAUCACUGACGUGUCCCCGUGGCGAGCUUGGCUACGUACGUUCGUGUAAUUCGUCGGCUCGCUUCGCGUGACGUCUUUCCCCGCGCUUGCAUAGAAUUAAGUCGGGCAAUAUCGCCAGUCAUUGGAUCGGAAGCGAGAGCGGAACGUCUCGUGUAUCGUAUCGUAUCGUAUCGAGUCGUGAUCGUCGAGGAGGAAGCUAGACACGAGAAAUCAACAAGAGUCCAGCAACGACAAAAUUAUGGCGACAACUCUGAACUUGAACGCUUUCGUCAAUGCCUUCACCAGCAAGCUAGAUGCGCCAGUCCGACAACACUUGAAGAAUGUUUACGCUUGCCUAGCCAUGUCUACCGUGUCGGCGGCCGCAGGGGCUUAUGUGCAUAUGUACACGCAACUCCUGCAGGCCAAUUUUCUAACAACUAUCGGUACCCUGGGCCUUCUCAUCGCGUUAAUGACAACACCCGACAAUGGCAAAAACCAUAAGAUGCGUCUCGGCUAUCUCCUGGGAUUCGCGUUUCUAUCUGGUCUUGGUUUGGGACCCUUACUGGAAAUGGUAGUCAGCAUAGAUCCAAGUAUUGUGAUGACAUCGCUAAUCGGUACGACUGUCGUUUUCGUCUCCUUCAGCAUUUCUGCACUUUUGGCUGCACGUGGUAGUUAUCUGUUCCUUGGUGGCUUUUUGAUGAGCAUACUGAAUACUAUGGUCUUAUUCUCCUUCGUCAAUUUGUUCGUGCGCUCGGCUUUCUUCUACCAACUGCAUCUAUACGUGGGAUUGGCUAUGGUCUCCGGUUUCAUUAUUUAUGACACGCAACUGAUCAUCGAGAAGUACCACAUGGGCAACAGGGACUUCAUCAUGCAUUCUUUGGACUUGUUCAUUGACUUUGUGGGAGUUUUCCGACAUCUUCUUGUAUUACUUACGCAAAAGGAAUUGUCCAAGGAUUCACGCAAACGUAAAGAUUAAGCAGAAACAAAACGGUGAUUGUGGCGCAUUCAAAUAAAUCCAUAAACUAGAGGUCUUCAUGUAAUCUAUCCAUACCUAGGUAUAUCUGUGUACAUAUACAUACCGGAAAAAAAAUUAUAUAAAUACCGAUAUACACUACAUCAUACACGUAUACAUACAUAAUAUCUUUAGCGAACGCGAUUAUUAUAUAUUUAUCAUGAUAAAAGAAAAAGAAAAAUACAUUAAAAUAUAGUAUUAAAAUACAGUUCGUUUACUAUAAAGGAAGUCGGCUUUUUCUUGCGUCCGGAUAGACAAAGGACAUACCGUAAUUUAUUUUGGUCAUGUCUGGGUUGUUCUCCAUCAAAUUUGUAUACAUAUACAUAUAUAUAAA